CAGGCACAUCUCUCGCUUCGCCAGAUCACUGGCUGCCUCCCAGGGCAGCCAGGGAGCUGUUUUGUUAAAUCCCAACCCAGGUGCUCGAGUUUCUGCACAAAGUGCUGCCGGCACCACGUCCCAGUCUGCUGCAAGGUCUGUUCCACUCGUGCGCGCAGAGUCUGCUUAAUAAAUUACUCCUACCACCAGGGGCUUGCCGGGGACGAUGGAAUUUGAACUCUCAAGACUGACCGCGAAGUGAAAAAACAGAAAUUGGACAGACGGGACCGAGAUGGAUGAUGAGGGAACAAAUCAAAAUGCCAGCAAAUCGCAAGGAGCCCGAGGCCAGGCAUCUGCAAUGUCUCUGUCAAACCCACUGAUGAGGGACUUUGCUUCAGACUGGUCUCCUUUACACGAUGCUUCUAUCCAUGGGCGUCUGCUUACUCUGAAGAAACUCAUCAAACAGGGGAGUGAUGUGAAUCUUGUUACAGCAGACCAGGUGUCCCCUCUCCAUGAAGCCUGCCUAGGGGGUCACGCUGCUUGUGCCAGUGUCCUAUUAAAACAUGGUGCUCAGGUGAAUGGAGUUACUGUCGACUGGCACACUCCGUUGUUCAGCGCUUGUGUCAGUGGCAGCGUGGCUUGCUUGAAUUUAUUGCUGCAGCAUGGAGCUAGCCUACACCCGCCCUGUGACUUGGCAUCCCCCAUCCAUGAAGCUGCUAAAAGAGGUCAUGUGCAAUGUGUUGAAUUCCUUGCAUCCCAUGGGGUGAAUAUAGAUCACAACAUCAAGCAUCUGGGUACUCCGCUUUAUGUAGCUUGUGAGAACCAGCAAGUGAACUGUGCCAAGAAGCUUCUUGAGUCAGGAGCAAAUGUGAACAGCGGCGAGGGCUUGAACUCCCCUCUGCACGCAGCUGCGAGGAAUUGCAAUGUGGAGCUGGUGACGCUGCUGAUCGACUUUGGAGCAGACAUUUGGCUGAAGAACACUGAAGGCAAGAGGCCAAUGGAGCUGGUUCCACCCAGCAGCCCUGUGGGCCGACUCUUCCUGCAGAAAGAAGGGCCGCUGUCCUUGAUGCAGUUGUGCCGCCUGUGCAUCAGGAGGUGCUUUGGACACAAGCAGCAUGAAAAAAUAACUGAACUUCUCCUCCCAGAUGAGCUGAAACAUUUCCUUCUCCACGUUUAAGCCUUUCAUGUUCAAAAUAGUGCCUUUAAUAACAGCCAGGUUCACUGAGGAAAGACUCUUCUCAUUGGUAGUGUUGCCAAAGUUACUUUAUGAUAGUUGCUGGUCCCUAGUAACGUCCUGGGUCCAAUAAGCCCAGGACUGACCAGCUCGCUCGGUCCUCACAGCCACCACCCCUGGCAAAUCCAUCAUCUGGAAAGGAACAAUUCUGCAUGGUUGCAUGGUGAAGCUUGAAAAUGUGACUCAAAAGCCCCCUAGAAAGGGUAGAAAAUGAGCAUAGGAUUUCAAAAUAGAUCUCUUGAUUCUCUGUAUCCUGGCUCAUUUUCAGAGGGCCUGUGAUUGACAGCCCCUUACAAAGAAAACAUGUAUCCCAGCCUAGCACUAACAGCACUUCAUGUAUAUAUUAAGGAUACUACGGAAAACUCAUUUUCUCUGUAAGUGGCGCUCAUGUGCCUGUCAUGUGUGAAGGCUCUACCCACACCACUGUAUGGAUAAGGAAAGGGACCCCAACUGAACCUAGCUGCAAAGCAAGAGAGGCCUUCUGGCAGAUGUUACUUAUUUUCUAAGUAAGUACAUCAUGCUGUGGAUAGAUGAACACCAACCAACAAUCAUCUGCAUUUAGGCCAGCAUCCGAAACACGUGUUUCUGCCAUAACAUCAAGGAGGUCACUGCUGAUGGCAGCUCCCUACAGUGCAACUACAGUGGAGGGAAAGUUUUUAAUUGGCCAUUAAAAUCACUUAUUCCUGAUGCUUUGAGACAUAAGGGAGCCACACUUCAGUACUACACAUUUUCUCCUUGCAACAUUAUUUUUCAAGGACACAGGCUAACAGGCUAUCAGUGGCAGACAUUGAGUGCUCCCCCUUUCUGCCCUGAAAAUUAGGUGAUAUUUCCUAAGCAUUUCUCAGCAUGCAUCAGAAAAACAACAGCUUCUAUCCCCUUUCCCCACCCAAGAAAAGAGAUCAUCUUAAGACAGAGAUAAUUUUUUUUCUUGGAGAAGUGCUACCUCACUCAUAGCAUUUUCCAUGGGAGUGGUAAUAAUAACACCUCUAAUGUGGGGUCAUAAAAUAAACAAUGAAAAUACUGAAAUUAAAGUCCAUUCCAAAUUAAAAAGACAAUGGGCAAUUUCUGCCUCCCACUUGGUGGUUGAGCUGCUGGCUCAGCAUGUGUGUCUCUCAAACAAACAUGACAUGUGUGGUUCUUGUUCCACCGAGGCCAAAGAACAAAUAUUUCCUCCUGCUGAAGUUCAACACAGGGUGUUUUUCUUUCCCUCCCUGCUGCCAUAAACCAAAGUGCGGUUAUGACUGUUCUGUGCUCUCCCAGGUGCUCCCCUGGGAAUAUCGGCUGCCCAAUACAUGUGGCAGCGAGGAUGCUGGAGCUCUGGCUCCUCUGCCUGCCACCCUGUCCCCUCUCUAGCUCUGAACCAUGGUGCAGCCACAUCACCUGGGAGCAGCAGCACACCUGCUGCUUCCCCUGCGGGGCUACUGCCACACCACCCCUGCAUUGGAGUGAAGACCAAGCACUUCAGUGCUUUUGGAGAUCCUUUUCUUCCUGAUUUCACUGUGAAGACUCCUGCAAGAGAGGACUUGGUGUGUGAAAACUGUGAAGGCGUCUUUAACACCAGCAAUGAGCAAUAGCGAGUUCUCAUCUCAUAAGUGGAGAGACCAGCAGCCUCCAAAUAUACAAACUUAUUUUGCUGUUUAGUAAUGUGCCAGUGUGUGCGGCGCAAGCUUUCCUUUCGCAUAUGUGAAGUUAAAGAUGAUGGAUCAAAUGCUACCUGGAUGCUCAUAUUUGAUGUAAAUUACAACUCAUACUUGGCUGGACAACGUGACUGCUGGCUAUAGGUAUCCAGUAUGAUGGUUUGAUUUUUUUGUGCUAACCAAACACAGCAAGAGAAGUUCUGUUGGUUUUGUGGGACAUUAAGGGUGCCCUAAUGGGACAAAACAACAAACACAGUUACAGCCAUAACGCUCCUUGUGAUAGAGACACCUAGAAAUCUUCACUGAUCCGACUCAAUCCAUCACACAUAAUUUGAGCCAUGUAAAAAUUCACUGGCUGGUUUUAGAUGGCCUUCUAUAUUUUUUCCCUCCCUCUGGGGAAGAAAAAUAGACAGCUGUUUUUAUACAUGGAACAGAAAGAGGUGUCUUGGAUAGGUGGAUCCUUCUAAAAGCAGUAUCUUCAUUAAGCUGAAUCUGCAUUCAACAGGCAGGGAACAGACAACUAACGUAGUGCUUAACUUUUGAAGAUUAAAGUAUGAAGAACCCCAGCUUUGGUGACACAUCUGAAUGUUAAGAUCCAGCUUAUUAUUUCAGAUGAUGAACCGUUUUUUCACCUACCAGUUUUAUUAUUUACGUUUAAGUAUCUUGUUUUGUAACUUCAGCCAAUGGGUUUAUAGGAGUAAUGCUAAUACCAGCACAAAAUUGCUCAGAGAACGUGGUGAGAGUGCUGUUUCUAGAUUGCUUUCCUUCUGGAAAUUUCAUAGUGUGACUCUGUUUACCUGAAUCCCUCUGAUCAAAUGUAAUUAAGAUUAAUUCUGAAUGCUCAGCUUGUAUCAUCUCAGUAUAUUUGUUAAUUUAUUUUAAUAUAAAUUUUGAUCAACACUGGUGAAUUACAGCUUUAUGCAUCAACACUUAUCCAGUUAUAAACUGUAAAAGUUGUACAAGAUGCAAACUGAAUAAGCUCCUUAUAUGUGAAGUUUGGACAUUUUUCUAUAUUUGAAACCAUUCUAAAUGUAAUGCAGGGCUUGAAAGAUUGUCAGGAAUAUAUUUUAGCAGAUUCUUUGCUAUUAUUUUUUUAGCAGUUUAAUGGUAGGCAAGCCACAACUGUAUAGGACAUUUGCUCAAAAAUAAAUGUUUUAAAUAUA